UUCUAGUAAUAAGCGUUGACAGUGUUCUCAAAAAGCGAGUGGGUCCCAUGCAUGGCUCUGUCAUUUCGGGUCAACAUUCUUAAUCUUUAGUGAUGCACACAUUCGGUCAGCACAGAGCCUUGUAAUAAUCCUGGUGCAUCAUUCUGCUUUGCUUUACGAUUCGUCAUUUGCAGCCGCUGCCUUCAACACGCGGUGCUCUAAAUAGAGCACGGGUGUUCGUUCAGAUAUGACUAUGUCAGCGUAUCGCUGAAACAUUCAUGUUUAACCAGUCUUCACUCUUGCUUAGCGAAGUGGGCUGCGCACAAAAGCGAACUGAAGAGGCAAACCGGGGCGUCUCAGUGACCACGGCCAAACGGGUCGACGGCUGCAAGAGUGCGGAGCAGCCGUCACGACAACAAUGAGUGAAAAGCCUGCGCCGACGAAGGGUAGAGCAAAGCCCAAGCAGCAAGGGAGUGUCAAGUGCGAUUCUGCUUCAGAAGGGAAAAAAGCGGGCCUUCAUAGAACUACAAAACAUUCUAAAGGGAAUCAAGUUGCUGGCUGCAGUAAAGUGCAACCUGAUGUAUUGAGACCUGACGCACACAGUGAAGCCUCCGAAGUGACAGCGGUGUCUUCAAAGGAGCCAGAAGCUGAGGCUGAAGGCAAGGAAAGUCAGUCCUGGAUUGGAGGACUGUUUUCUUCCGACAACCUCUGUGAAGCGUCUUCCACAGUUCCUGCUUCUGAUGUUAUGGCACCAGCAGCUGAGGAGCUGAAGGAUAAACCUGAUGGUCAUGGAGAAGGGGGUGAUAUCGUGUCAGACAUUGGAACAGAUGCAGGUUCACUGACGUCAUUCACGUCGCCAAGCUAUGUGGAGAACCUUCCGGACGAUGUUCUACUCUUGGUUCUCGGCUGGCUUGACAUCAGGACACGCGUCAUCAUUGAAAGAGUGUGCCAUCGAUGGAAAGCACUUGCCGAGCGCCUCUGGAGGGGCCAAUGCAGGCUUUCCUUCACGGGGGUCUUCUCAAUCAGCCAAGGAAAGCCCUUGACCAUUACCAUCCUGCGAGCUCUUCUAAGCCGCUGUGGUGAAUCCUUACGCUGGUUGGACUUGGCCACAGCAUCGCAUAUGCUCGACCACAAGGCAGUUAAGGCCAUUGGAACACGCUGUCCCAACCUGGAAUACUUGGAUGCUUCCGGAGUGCAGCUUACCAACACAUCCGUCAUGCAGCUAGCCAACAGAUGUCCAAAGCUCAAGUCUGUCCUCUUGAAAGAUUGCUGUGAUGUUAGAGAGAAGAGCCUCCGGCGACUUCUUCGGCGCUGCAGGCGUCUGGAGCACAUUGACCUGACCGAGAUGUACGAGUUCACCGGAGAGUGCUUCAACAUAGAUGGACUUCGUCUGCGUCACUUGAUUCUCCGCGGCUGCACGGGACUGACAUCGAGGGGCAUGUCGAGGAUUGCCACCAAGUGCACCUCCUUGACGGAGCUCCAGCUUUUGGAUUGCUUCAAGAUCUCGGACCACGACCUGUCCCUCAUCUGCCAGAACCUGAAGUCAUUGAAGAACCUGGGACUGUCAAGGUCACUAUGUAAUGCUACCAGCAGUGGUAUUGGCGCAAUCGGCAACUUGCGUCUUUUGGAGCACCUCGACUUGAGCAGCAACCGAACUGUCGACGAUGCGUCCAUGGGCCCCAUUGCUACUGGGUGCAAGAAGCUCAGGUUCCUGGACCUCACAAACUGUGAAAGGGGCAUCACAGAUGCAGCAAUGAGUCACAUAGCAAAGUGCUCUGAAUUGAGGGAGCUGAAGAUCAGCUACGUAGAAAAGAUCACAGAUGCUGGAAUGUGCAAUCUCGCGUGCCAUGGUCGCCUGCACUCAGUGGAAGUCCGUGCCUGCGCACUACUGAGUGAUGCAGGAGUGCUGGCCAUAGUCGAGCUGUGCCAGGACCUAAGGCUGCUUGACCUCAGCGGCUGCGAGCACGUGUCGAGUGCAGCCAUGGAAUCCUGUGCAGCCAUCGUUGCUGAGCGCCCACAUGUCUUGACCGUGAUUGUUGGGGGAACAUCCGUCGAGCUAGGCCAACUUUCCACCGACAGUAAGGGGAAGUUGAAAAUCGAUUACAGUGACUACUGUGUGGAGAGCUAUUUGCCUGGCGAUAUGGAUUUCGACUAUGACGACUACUGGGAUCAGGACCUGUAUGACUAUGAAGCAGCUGGGUACGAGUACUGGGACUCAAGUGACUAUGAUGAUGACGAUGAACUGAUGGUCGGGGACAUGCUGAGGCCUGGUGCCAUAUUUAUCGACAUGAAUAACAUGUGGGAUGGUGUUGACGUUGACGAUGACUUGUUAGACAAUGAAGGCCCACUCGACGACCCACUGGACGAACCACCCGAGGACUUGUUAGACAAUAACCUCCCAAUCGACGAAUCACCCGAGGACAUGUUAGACAAUGACCUCCCACUCGACGAACCACCCGAGGACUUGUUAGACAAUGACCUCCCACUCGAAGAACCACCCGAGGAGUCGUUAGACAAUGACCUCCCACUCGAAGAACCACCCGAGGACUCGUUAGACAAUGAAUUCCCACUCGACGAGUCACCCGAGGACUUGUUAGACGAUGGCUUCUCACUUGACGAACCACCUGAUGACCCGCUCGAUGACUGGUAUGGCCCAGCCGAAGAGGAAUUUUGGUGUGGUGAAUGAAGCAGGGCCACAUGCACACAGCAGUUAUUGCAAGGAGGAUGAAGUUUGUCACUCAGAUGGACUAAUGCAGCGACUGACCCACCUCCACUGUUCACAUUCUGGCGAUUUUGCGCACCACCUGUGUCUCGGUACAUCCACCCGAUUGUUUAGGGAAUCUUGUUUUGCCCAUACGCAGUCUGCUGAAACCGCAAAGCUGUGCUCGCUCACAGAUCUUUACAGACAUACUCAUUUGUAUUGUUGGUUUAAUGUACAUGAGUCAUGCUGCCAGGUGCAUGUCAUCUUGCAUUAAUUUUUUCUUUGUUCUUUUGUGUUAUUACUAAUCAGUUUUCUUUACAAAACUUUGGGCCAAGCUCAUGAUGCAAGGUGUUUGUUAAAAAUUGGGGAAGUAUGUCAAGAACAAUGAACUGUCCAGUAAAAAAGAUUUAAGCAUUAUGUAAGUUGGGCAAUACCUCUACUACAAUUUGCUGUUAGUGGAUAAACCAUGCACAAAUUUGUUUUUGUAGGGGAAAGGGUUAGAAAACUGAUGUGUUGAACAAUUCCUAGGCUUUUAAAGCUAUGCUGCCCUUUUGCAAUACUCAGAUUUUUGUAUGCUGUCAUCAAAAGAUUUUGUUGCAGCAAACUGUAUCUCUUAGCUUUCCCCGUCUGAACGAAGUUUUCAUCAGUUGCAUCAAGCACAUACACUGAUGAUUUGCCUUUUUUGUCUGCAGUACAACUUGCCUAAUGCUUCCUUGGCUUAGGGUGUACAUGCCUUUAUUUUUUUUCUUUUCUUGCGUUCAGUGUUGAUGACUAGUCACAUCUGUCUUGGAGUUUGACAUGAUUGUGUAUUCCAUAGCUGAAGCAAUUUACGAGAAACGUAUAUUUAUUUUUAUGCUUAGCAGCAGGUACAAAAUGAACUUUAGAUCUGAGAUUGGCCUCGAAAACCACAAAUUAACAGCCCUGGUUACUGAAAAAUAAGCACGAUCCAAGCCAUGUUUCGAUCUACUAGCAGUAGCAUGUGUGACAUGGAUGUAAAGAUGGCAUACAUAAACAAAUGAAAUUCUAAAAUUUGAUUCUUACUGCAGCAUUAGCAAUGAGUUGCAAGUGGUGGCUCCUUUGUGGACAUGUCAUUUCACCUUGUGAUAGACCGCUCAAUUGAGAACCACUCUGCAAUAGUAUAAAGCCACAGACUUAUGUACAUGACAUCCUAGUUUUCCUUGUUGUUUACUGAUGUUUGACAAUAAAUUAUGUGAAGCAAAAUAAAAAAUCGGCAUCUUGUCUUGUCUGUUUGCA